AUGGGAUCAACAAGGGAUUACUAUGAGAUCCUCAACGUCGACCGGAGCGCCACCGAUGACGACCUCCGGAGGGCCUACCGGCGGCUGGCUAUGCGGUGGCACCCCGACAAGAACCCCGCUGGCAAGGCAGAGGCCGAGGCCAGGUUCAAGAAGAUCACCGAGGCGUACAACGUGCUCAGCGACGCAGACAAGAGGGCGGUGUAUGACCAGUACGGGGAGGAGGGCCUACGGGGGGAGGUGCCGCAGCCCGGCGGCGGCGGCGGCGGCUCCGACGACAUCUUCGCCGAGUUCUUCGGGAGCACGCCGUUCACGUACUGCAACACGGCCGGCGGCGGUGGCGGCGGCAGCGCGCGCGGCGGGAGGCAGCCCCCGCCGCCCCCGAAGUGGGACAGCGGGUUCGGCAGGGCGUACCGGCGCGACCAGGGUGGUGGUGGUGGUGGUGGUGCCGCGUCGUCGACCAUGGCGCCGCCGCCGCCGCCCGUGGAGAGCAGGCUGGCGUGCACCCUGGAAGAGCUCUACAUGGGCGGCACCAAGAAGAUGAAGAUCUCCCGGAACGUCAUCGAUGCCAGCGGGAGGAUGAAGACGGAGUCGGAGAUUUUGUCGAUCGAGGUGAAGCCCGGGUGGAAGAAGGGCACCAAGAUCACGUUCGCCGGCAAGGGCAACCAGCAGUGGAACCAGCUCCCCGCCGACCUGGUCUUCGUGGUCGACGAGAAGCCCCACCCCGUGUACCGGCGCGACGGCAACGACCUGUUGGCCGAGGCCAGGGUGACGCUCGCCGAGGCGCUGGGCGGCACGGUCGUCGUCCUCGCCGCGCUCGACGGCCGCGAGCUCGCCGUCGACGUGGGCGGCGGUGGCGGCGGCGAGGACGAGGACGAGGAGAACGCGCCCGUGGUGUGCCCCGGGUACGAGCUGGUGCUGCCGAUGGAGGGCAUGCCCAUCGCGCGCGAGCCCGGGCGCCGAGGCAGCCUCAGGAUCCGGUUCGACGUCGCGUUCCCGGAGCGGCUCAUGCGCCGGCAGCGGGUGCAGAUCAAGCGCGCGCUCGAGGACUGCACCACCGGCGCCUUCUAG